CAGAUAUGAGUGAGGAAUAUUUGUGCAAAACACUUCCUUUUUGUAUUACAGUUGUAGAUUUAUUUUUGCAAAGCAUUUCAUAUCCGAAAAAAAAAGAAAAAAAACAACGUCACGCACACAUGCGCAUAUAGGGUGCCACACUGACGCAUCGUUUGUUGUAUAGUCAACUGUUUUUUGCUGGACUGAGGCAUGCCUGUAGCGGAUAAUUGUUUUUACCGCAUUCAACAGUGUUUUCUAAGCAAAGGGGCGAAAGUCAGGACUGGAACAGCAGGAGCUUUUACAGAAAUGAAGAGAGACCGGCUAAAGUAAUGACGUUUAUCCUUAAAGAAUGGAGGUAAUUUAAAGAACUGAACUGGGGGUUGCACGAUCCUUAUGUGAAACCUCACCGGUGUUUUCGACGAUGCCGAGUUGGAGACUUUUUACCGUGGAGCUGCGAGCUUUGAGAAGACAGAUAUGAAAACAAGAAUUUACAGUAGGAGCGUCUUUUGGUGGCAAAAAACGAUUUUUGCGCCUCCGGGGGGAAAUAACCUACACACCAGCAACUAUAAAGUGUGAACAUUUUUAAUCUCGCCCCUAUAUGUGGAUUGAUUUUUUUUUUUUUCCCCUGCUCUCUCUUCUCAGCAUUCCCUCAGUCAGUCGACGGAUUUUUGCCAUUACAGCUCAGUAGAGGGUGUCAGAUCUUUCUUAGAGCACCGCGCUAGGAUGAACACUGUCUCCGCGUUCCUCUUUUUGUGAUUCCCGAAACGCCACAAAGGAGAGAGGAAAAAAAAAAAAAAGAGGCGCAAACGAGCGGAGCAAGACGCCGAAGGACGUGAGGGGGGAUGCGGGUGUUUUGCAGCGGUGGGAUCGCGUCGAAACCUCCAGCGCAGGGUGUGAAUUCAGCACCAGGGGAGAGGGAACAGCUCCCGACGCCGCAACACGCAGCACGACAGCAGGAGAAAAAAGCACGGAUUUGUUAAUUUUGUUGCCAAGGUCAGUCUUAAACGAACUGAAAAGAGCCAGAAAGAUGCUUUGGACUCUGCUGCCGCUUGCUGUUUUUGAUUCUCAUCAUAAACACACGGAGGCUCAGGGGAUUGAGUCGAUGUGAAUGAGACGUUUAUGUGGGCAUUUUCAAAACUGGAAGUCUGGACACAAGAGCAGGUUAGAUGCAGCAUGGAUCUGUUAUAAAAGACUGCCUUAUCUUCCCCCAGACCUAAUGUCUAUGUCAGUUUUUUUCUCCUUGAUGCAGAUUAAAUUCGCAGCUCGUAUGUCUUGAAACCGGGAAUGAAUUGUUCACGUUGAAAAAUGCUGCUUUGGAUUGUUCUGCUGAAUGCGGCUCUUUGUGUUGCUAGUGGAAAUGUUACAAGGGACGUUUGUAAGGAGCAGAUAUGCUCUUGCAACGAGAUAGAGGGAGAUCUGCACAUAGACUGCGAAAAAAGGAGCUUCACCACUCUGCAGCAUUUGACUGGCCCGAGCUCUCAGUUUUAUCACCUGCUGUUGCACGGGAAUUCUCUAUCCAGGCUAUUUCCCAACGAGUUCGCCAACUUUUACAAUGCUGUGAGCCUGCAUUUGGAAAACAAUGGUUUGCACGACAUUGUCCCCGGCGCCUUUCUGGGAUUGCAGCUGGUGAAAAGGCUGCACAUCAAUAACAAUAAGAUAAGAUCAUUCAGGAAGAGUACAUUUCUGGGGUUAGACGACUUGGAAUAUCUCCAAGCUGAUUUUAAUCUAUUGAGGGAUAUUGAUCCCGCUGUUUUCAGGGACCUAAAUAAACUUGAAGUAUUAAUACUUAACGACAACCUCAUCAGUGCGCUACCUAUAAACGUGUUUCAACAUGUGCCCAUUACGCAUCUCGACCUAAGGGGGAACCGAAUCAAAACGUUGCCUUAUGAGGGGAUCCUUGAACAAAUACCGGGCAUUGCGGAGGUUUUGUUGGAGGACAACCCGUGGGACUGUAAUUGCGACCUGGUUUCUCUUAAGGAAUGGUUGGAGAACAUACCGCAUAACGCGCUCAUUGGGAGGGUGAUAUGUGAGGCUCCCACCAGGCUGCAAGGGAGCGACUUAAACGAGACGUCAGAAGCUGACCUGUGCCCUUCACAGAGCGGCAGCGUGGACACCAGCUUGGUCGCCCCUCCCACCCAGGACCAGACCUCGGAGUCCGUGGCCCUCGGCCCGCGUCCCACGCCUUACAAGUCCAAUGGAGACGCCAGUGGGCCUCCGACGCCUGGCGGCCACGGACCCAAAAGCCGCUCCAAAUCUCGUGAGAACUGGCAGCUGAAAACUAAACCCACUCCAGUGGUGACAGGUGUGAACGGGGACAGGGAGCAGCUGCACAACAUGACGUGCCCUCAGCCCUGCACCUGCAAGCUGGUCGGCUCCAGACAGGGGCUGGGGGUCAACUGUGAGAACAAAAAGAUCGAGAGCUUAGCCAACCUCAAGCCUAAGCCCUUGGCCGCUCACGAACUGAACAUGAGAGAAAACAACAUCCACGCAGUGAAAAAGAACCAGCUGCUCGGUUACUCCAGCCUCAACCUACUUGACCUGGGUGGGAACAACAUCAAGGUGAUUGACAACGGCACUUUCCAAAACCUGACCGAGCUCCGAUGGCUGUACAUGGAUAAGAACUAUCUGGAUACUCUGAUGGCAGAAAUGUUCGUGGGCCUUGUGAAUCUGGAAUAUCUCAGUUUGGAAUACAACGACAUCCAGCUGAUAGUGGCAGGUGCGUUCAGCCACAUGCCAAACCUGAGGGUUCUGUUCCUCAAUAACAACUUGCUGAAAUCUUUGCCCGUGGAUGCUUUCUUUGGGAUUUCUUUAUCUAAAAUUAGUCUGCAUAAUAAUUAUUUCACCUAUCUCCCUGUGGCUGGGGUGUUAGACCAGCUCAAUUCAAUCAUACAGAUCGAUUUGCACGGGAAUCCGUGGGAUUGCUCGUGCAACAUCGUGCCCUUCAAGCAGUGGACGGAGAAACUAGGGGCUGAUGUGAUAGUGAGUGAUCUCAAGUGUGAGUCCCCUGAAGAGUUUUGGAAACGAGAUUUUCGCUACGUCCGAAACGACCUAAUGUGCCCCAAACUUUACGACAGAGUGUCCCCCACGUCCCUGUCCAAAAACAGCACUUACACUUUGGACUCGGGGACGCGCUCAAACUCUUACGUGGAGCCAAACAGGGUCUCCAUCUCAGUGCUCGUCCCCGGGUUGCUGUUGGUGUUUGUCACGUCUGCGUUCACUGUUGUAGGAAUGCUUGUCUUUAUUUUGCGGAAUCGAAAGAGAUCAAAGCGGAGGGACGGGAACUCUUCCGCCUCGGAGAUCAAUUCCUUACAAACAGUGUGUGACUCGUCUUAUUGGCACAGCGGGCCGUACCACGCAGACGGGGGCGCGCACCGGGGCUUUGACUGCAGCACGCACCUCUCCACGACAAAUGAUGCGUAAAGGGACUCUGCUCUAGUCUAGUACAAUAAGCCUAUACCAGACUGGAUUACAAACAGUCACAUAGACAGACUGGCGUUCAUAAAUGACUAAAACGGCAAGAUUCAUCCGCUUUUGUUCGUCCCAGGCGAACACAGACUUGUUUCUGUCUUGUUUUCUCCAGUUGAACCAAGUAAGUCAGUCUGCUGCACAGGCCCCACUCUGUAAUAUAUGUAUAUGCCAAGCCCCCUGGCUAAAAAAAAAAAAAAAAACCCUCCCUACCUCCCUCCCUCCUCCUCCCAGUUCUGCUAUUUGCCGCAAUCGGACUACGGAUCUGUGCGAGACAGAAAGAGGGAGAAAAGGAGCGAGGGGAGAGGGCGUGUGUGUGAAAGCGAGCGAGCGAAUAAGAGAGAGAGAGAGAAAGAGAGAGAGAGAGCGAGAGAGAGAAAGAGAGAGCAGGACCGAAGAAGACUCGGGGAAUGGUGCACGAACGCAUGAAUGUAAAUGUAAAUACUCGGACCGAUGUAUCAUAAUCUGCAUGAUGAUAUUUCGCAUGGUUUCAACACACACACGACGGCGAGGAACCAUAACCACCAUAACCAACAAAGAAGCAAACUCGACCCUUUCAUGUUAUAUCAAUAUGACGAUUAUAUAUAGAUAUUAAGAAUUAUAUAUGACUAUUACAAAGUGCCAUUUCUCUAUUUUUUGUGAACCUGCAGUUAGGAUUUGUAUUUGUUGUUUUAAACUUGUUUGGAGAAAAGAGAAAAAAAAAAAUCAAUAACGGAUAAUGAUGACUAUCGGAAAGGAGUGAUGGAAGUGAAGCUGUCAGUGCAUGUUAUUUUCUGUUUGUUAUCAUUUGAUUGUCGAUAAAUAUUGGGGUUAUUUAUACCGUAAUAGAUGGUGCAGAUUAAAUCCAUGUCUGCGCAGUCAUCAUCUCCUUUAUGAAUGUAAACUGUGUUAUUUUAUGGUGUGCCAAUUGUUGACUUUCAGAUAUUCAGACAUGCAGAUGAGCAUGACCAAUUAACGUCACUCAGAUGCUUAUGCUGCAAAGUUAAUGUAGCUAAAAUAACAGUUCCGUGAUUUUGUGUGUCAAUGAAUAUAGCCUGCUUUGGGUGAGAGGAAGAAAAAAAAAAACAACUGUCAUUUAAAUGGGGGGUUUAUACCAUCGUAUUUUUUCAACAACUGAGCAAAGACGUGUUUUCAAUUGAGCUACUUACUGUAAUGUAGGUAUAAUUCGAUCUAUGUAAGCAGCGCAGGUAGACUGGCAUAGACUAGAAUGCUUUUUUUAAUGUCAGGACAAAAAAAAGUAUUCCUCCACACAAAAAAAAGCUUAUGGCUAUGAUUCACUUUCAUCAUAUUGUGAGCUUUUGUAAAGCCAUCUAAUCUUGUCCAAAUAAGAGAACUGAAACUCACUGUAUUUACCACAAAAUGUGCUUGAAAGGGGCUGUUUCGGGUGAUUCUUGCUUUCUAACAUACGAAGGCCAUCAUGCUCUGACGAAAAAAAUACUCAAGCAUGUGGCUGUAGAGUUCGUGCAGAAACGGGACGUGUCUCCUUCACGGAGGAGAAAAAAAAAGGGGCAUAGACACACACAAAACAGAAGGUAAUUAGAUCAUGCAAGAUGCCUUUUUCAAUCCAGCAUUUUGAACUUGAGAUACUCUUCUUGGGGGUCGCAUGGUUUUUUUGUGGGCUCACAUGAAAACAAUACCAUGACUUAAAACCUGUUUUGCAGAGUCUGCUGCUUGGCCUCUACUGCUUUAACCGAAGAACAAACAUGGAUUCAUUGGAAAAAAAGUGACUAAAAUAUUACAGGUUAGGGUAUAUUUCUAGUAUUCCAAAAAAAAAAAAAAAAAAAAUUCUCAAUUAUCUACACUGCAGCGACAGAUCAGAUGCAAGGAAUGUGCAAUUUGCAUUUAUUUUUCUGUUCUAAUUCGUUCAGUUUUCCUUUCAGAAACCUACUAAUUUCGAUAAGCUUGCAGCAUAAUUCGGCUCAAAAGCUACCUAAAGAUGUAAUGGCCAUGAUGAGAGUGUACAGAGUUGAUGUGAGAUGGGCUAUCACCCCCUCUUCCUCCUCCUCCUCUUCCUCUUCCCCCCGCUAGUAGGCCUACAGUGUUUUCCCCCAGUAUGCAGACUAGCGCUGUCCAUGGUGCUGAAUCACGACCCUAUUUUCAUUGUCUGCCUGCCCUCUGCCCCCGCGUGCACUUGAGUGUGUUGACGUGCUUGUUGGUCCGUUUGUGUGUGUGUGCACAGGCAUGCAGCUGUGUACAUGUGUGUAUCAGAGAGAGAGAGAGAGAGAGAGAGAGAGAGAGAGAGAGAGAGAGAGAGAGAGAGAGAGAUUUGCAUGUAUCCUUCCUUUUUUUCCUUUUCUCUUCCCAACAUGCACAGCUCGACCUUGGGGACUAACAUCUCAGCAGAUCUGUGACAAACACUCAUCAUUACCCCCUCACAUUCUGUCCGAUCACCUUGCUUCCCCUCUGAAUCCCCGUUUCCCGCUCCUUUGUCCAAUCACAGGGGAGGGGGGGGACUGGGUAAACUAUGUGUCUCUUCUGUGGAGUAUUACUGUGCCACAGCCCACUGAUGAUUUGUCAUAAUUUUCAAACGCUGUGUUUCAAAGUUACAUUUAUAUGCUUUGCGAUAUUUGACCUGCUUCUAUUUUGUUAAAUAAAGUGUGGUUGAGGUUGAGUAAAAAACAA